ACACUACAGAAUUAUCAGUUAUAUAGCCUAUCUCUGAUUUCAGAUUCCACAGCUUCUUCCAAAUCAAAUAGAACUGCACAACAGUAGGAAUCAACCCUUCUGUAAAUUUUAUUUUCUCUCUCUUCUUGCUGAUAUUCCUAGCUUUUUCAACCCCAUUUUUGCUUUGCGAAACGGUGAGUUUCUGGCAAUCUUUAACUUCAGCGAUUAAUUAGUUGAUUUUUUUUCACAUAACUGCAGCUGAGGACAAGGAUCCAUAUAGCUGAAGCUGCCCCAACUAGGUUCUUUAUUUUACAAUGGAUACUGCAACAGUGAAGUUACAACAACGCCCAUUUUCAAUUAAAUUAUGGCCACCUAGCCAAAACACAAGGCAAAUGCUUGUGACACGUAUCACCGGAAAUCUCACUACUAAGUCAAUUUUCGCCCAGAAGUAUGGCAUUCUGAGCAAAGAGGAGGCUGAGGAGAAUGCAAAAAGAAUUGAAGAUGUUGCUUUUGUCACCGCAGACAAACAUUACGAAAUGGAGCCAGAUGGUGAUGGAGGGUCUGCUGUUCAGCUUUAUGCAAAGGAAUGUAGUAAGCUAAUUUUGGAAGUUCUUAAGAGAGGUCCUGCACAAAAGGAUAGAGCAGUCCAGGCAUCUGAGGAAGUUGCUGCAUCCUGUAAUAAUGUUUUCGAUAUAUCUAAAGGUCCACGGUCCUUUAUCAAUGCAAGGGAGGCUGAGGAUAUACUAAGACCAUUAAAGGAGCCAGGAAAUUCUUUUAGUAAGAUAUGCUUUAGUAAUAGAAGCUUUGGUCUAGAAGCUGCCUGUGUUGCUCAACCCAUUUUGGUUGCAAUCAAGGAUCAGUUAAAGGAAGUUGAUUUGUCAGAUUUCAUUGCUGGAAGACCAGAGGCAGAAGCUCUUGAAGUUAUGAAUAUGUUUUCUUCUGCUCUUGAAGGUAGCACUCUGAAGUCCUUGGAUCUUUCAAACAAUGCCUUGGGGGAGAAGGGUGUAAGGGCCUUUGGGGCACUACUUCAAUCACAGAGUUGCUUGGAGGAGCUUUAUCUAAUGAAUGAUGGCAUUUCAGAAGAAGCUGCACGAGCAGUUUGUGAAUUGAUUCCUUCCACAGAGAAGCUUAGAAUCCUUCAUUUCCAUAAUAAUAUGACAGGAGAUCCUGGAGCAUUUGCCAUUUCUGAUGUUGUGAAGCGUUCUCCUUUACUGGAGGAUUUCCGAUGCUCUUCGACUAGAAUAGGCACGGAAGGAGGAAUUGCCUUGUCAGAAGCACUUGAGAGUUGCACUCAUGUGAAGAAGCUUGACCUGCGAGACAACAUGUUUGGUGCAGAAGCUGGAAUUGCUCUAAGUAAAGCUCUUUCCAAGCAUGCGGGUCUCGCUGAGGUUUAUCUAAGUUAUCUGAAUUUGGAAGAUGAGGGUGCCAUUGCCAUAGCUAAUUCUCUCAAGGAAUCAGCCCCUGCACUUGAGGUAUUGGAUAUGGCUGGAAAUGAGAUAACAGCUGAAGCUGCACCUGCUUUGUCUGCUUGUGUAGCAGUGAAGCAGAAUCUGAGCAAGUUGAACUUGGCUGAAAAUGAGCUGAAGGAUGAAGGUGUUAUCCAGAUUAGCAAGGCCUUGGAAGAAGGCCAUCUUCAGUUGAAUGAAGUUGAUAUGAGUACCAACUCCAUAGUAAGGGCUGGGGCUCGGGUCUUGUCGCAAAUUGUUGUACAGAAGCCUGAGUUUAAGUUGCUGAAUAUAAAUGGGAAUUACAUCUCAGAUGAAGGCAUUGAUGAGGUGAAGGAAAUUUUUAAGAAACUCCCUGGCAUGCUUGGGCCCUUGGAUGAUAAUAGUCCUGAAGGAUGUGAUGAUGAUGAAGAAUAUGGAGAGAAUGAUGGUGAUCAGCAUGACUUGGAAUCCAAACUGAAUAAUCUUGAAGUUAAGGGAGAUGAAUAGGGAUUCUGUUAUUCUAAAGAAGUUUCAUUUCAUAGAUUUUAUUGUAGCAGUGGUCCUUGGAAGAUAAUUAAUGCAGGAGAUGCUCACAGCUUUUGGAUGGACUGUUCUGUACAAUCUUAGAAUGCUGAGCAGAACAGUGCCUGUGAUUGAAAUUAAACCAACAGACCUUUUAUUAGCAUGGAAGGCUUUUGUAGAAUCUUUCCAUCUGCUUUUUCAUUAGCUAUUUAUCCCGUUUUGGUUAGUGGGAUAGCAAGAUUCUGUAGCAGAUUAACCAAUAAACUUUACAAAUCUCUUGUUACAAACUUUGCUUUAAUCAGUUAAUCACAAUUUCUUAUCAA